GCCCAUACCUGCGCUCUUUAAUGCCGACCUCAGAUCAUGUUCUUCUUGCCCUGCCAUAGAUUUCCUACAUUGCAUCUUCUCCUCCUCCGACAGGAAAAGAACAGUUCCAUUCCAGAUUCUGAGUUUAUUUGGGCAUGAAGGGAUCGACUUUGACAAGGUAACUGAGUUCAUCAGUGGCACGGUGGAUGGAGUCUACCAUGAAAGUGAUGAUCACAUACAAUCCAAGUUACUAACUUAGAAUCCACAUUGACCAUAUGUGGACUCCACUCCCGAUCAAAGAAAACAUGGGCCGACCGUCAGAGAAUAUACAUAUCUAUCCACCACCACCACCUCUUCUUGUAUAUAAGCCCCCCACCAUGCAAACCUAAUAAUACACCUAAACAUCAUUGCUGGACUGCUCUUUCUCUUGGUAAUGGGUUUCUCCUUCUUCUUCUCCUCUUCUUCCUCCUCUGCUUCUCCGGGCUCUGAUGUCACUCAGGAGAAGAAAAGCAAACGCAGGACGCAGCAGGACAGCAGCAGCAGCAGCGAGAGCAACGGUAACGGCGCCAACAGCGCGAGCGCGGGUGGCAGUGGCAUGAGGUACCUCGGCGUGCGUCGUCGGCCGUGGGGCCGGUACGCGGCGGAGAUUCGCGACCCGGCGACCAAGGAGCGGCACUGGCUGGGCACCUUCGACACGGCGGAGGAGGCGGCCGUCGCGUACGACCGCGCCGCCCGCACCCUCCGCGGGGCCCGCGCGCGCACCAACUUCGCUUACCCAGACCUCCCGCCCGGCUCCUCCCUCACCCCCUUCCUCUCCCCCGACCUCCAGCCCCCGCCCACCUCCUUCACCCUCUCCGCGCCAUCGCCGAUACAGGACUCCGGUCACCACGCGGCCGCCGCCUUCCCAGCUCUGGGAGGUCAGGGCGACUACAAUGCUAUUGCGGACAGUACAAUCUCCGACGACGGGACCCAUUACUACUACCACAACCAGCAGCAGCAGGAGGAUGGGUUACAGUACACGGCCUCGACGCUGCCGGCGUCUCAGCCGGCGGUGGCGUUUCCUUGGGAGUCGAGUGGUGCUUCGGCAGCGGGCGAGGAGGACCUGGCGGCCAUGUGGUGCGACCCGGGGGAGUUCGGCGGGUACGGCUCCCCGGCCUCGCACGGGAUCUUCUUCGAGGAAGGCUACGUGCACAGUCCCCUGUUCGGGCCGAUGCCGACGGUGGACGACGCCGCCGCAGACGGGUUCCAGCUCGGUGGUUCCUCCUCCUCUUACUACUACUGACGAGUACGUAAAAGCUCGGGGUCCGCAGUUUGGUUGCGCGCCCGCCGGUGGACGUGGCGUUUUCCUUUUGGGUUUGGUCCGGUUUGGCUCUCUUCUCCUCUUGGAGAUUAGCUGGGGCCUUUUAAGAGUCUCUUCUCUUCCUCCUCCCUUUUAACCUUCUCUUCAAACUCCUCCCUCUACAUUGUAUGUAUUGCUUUCUAUUGUCUCUCCAGUGAUCCUUGUUGAGCUGUGAUGGAUGUUGUAAUGAA